GUGCAUAUUGUGUGCACGCAGUAAAUCUCCUUCUUCUGCUCUCUCAAUCUCUCGCUAUUAACCUCAGGUGCAACCGGUCAUUUAAUGUCUCUUUCUGGAUGAUGAUAACUUAGGAAAUAACAAGAAAAGAUGGACAGAGCUGGAGACGGACCUCUUAUGAGUAUUCAGCAAGUUUUCCAGCUCUCAUCUUAUGGAGUUAAAUCAGAGCAGGUAACAUUCCCCCGGGUGACGGCAUCGUCCCAUCGCUGGAUCUGCUGCCGUCACACCAGCAAAAAGAAGAAGAGGGACAACUGCGUGACGGCCAUCAACCUGACGCGUCGGACGCCACGCGCCCUUACAUGGCCGUGUUCGGCAGACUCGGCCAUGAUGAACCCUCGGAAACCCUGGCUUGCUCUCAAAGCUGGUAAACAUUUUCAAAUCUUCAACAUCGUAGCGGAGAAGCAGCUGUAUCGCUGCACCAUGAAAGACGAAGUGCAAUAUUGGAGCUGGCUCAACGACGACGUCAUCGGCAUCGUGGGGUCAAAGUUCAUCUAUCACUGGGACCUCUCUCCUCUAGGUUUCUCAUGUCCAAUGAAGGCUUUCCCACGCCAUGGAAGGCUGAAUUUCUGUCAGAUCGUAGGAUACAAGGCAGACCCUUCCUUUAGAUGGUUUGCUGUGCUGGGUCUUUACAGAGAUUAUGAGGAUGGUGACUCAAACUCUGUCUCAGGUGUCGUCCAGAUCUACUCGGCCACAGCAGAUAGAAGCCAGUGCAUCGAUGCUCAAGCCAUGAGCUUUGCCACCUACCGUCGCAGCGACAACAAAAAUAGCAAUUCCGUCCUUAUCAUUGUAAACAGGCAAGCAAGCCUACAGGGAAAGUUACACAUCAUUGAGCUUGGUCCUUACUUAGAUGGUAACUGUUGCUUGACCAACCAUUCAGAACAAGUCAACUUUGAUGAUGAUGAGAGAUACGACUUUCCAGUCUCAGUCCAGGUGAGUUCGUCACAUGGUUUGGUGUACAUCCUGACAAAGAUGGGCAGAGUCAAGCUGUGUGACCUAGAAACGGGGACAUUCCUCAGUAGCUGCAUAGCAUCUCAUCUCACCGUCUUCACCUGUAUGCCAGACACCGAUGGGAGGAAAAUCUUGGGGGUCAGCCGCUGUGGCAGGCUUCUAUCCAUGGGUGUGAAGGAGAAAGCGUUGGUCUCUCACGUUCGGACGGUUCUAAAACGGCCUGCGAUCGCGGACAGAUUAGAGAGGACGUUUUCAGAGACGCUCUGACACCAAUCUUGCCUUAUAUUAUAUAUGAACAUUAUCAAUGUGUGUGCUGGCAUACAAGGUUAACCUGCAACUAAGAUGCGAAGGUUGUUGGUGUGGUGUCAUUAUAGAAACUGCAUGAUAACGGAUGGAUGGGACUGAACUGAGCGAAAGAUGGCAUCCUUCUCGUGAAUUGAUGGAGGACCAAGCAUGAGAUGGAGGUUGGUGUUCAAGGCGUUACCCUGGCGUACCUCAACGGUCUUUGGUCAAGCUUACCCACAGGCUUACAAAGGUUGAAUGGGACAGAGAUGAUCGAAGGAUGGCAUCCUUCUCAAGAAUAGAUGGAGGAGCAAGCGUGAGAUGGAGGGUAGCAUCUAUGAGAGGCAUCAUUCUAGCGUACAGUGGAUGGUUAAGGGUACUUGUAGAUCUUACCUAGGCCUCCCGUGGCCUACCCCAGGUGAAAGGAACUGAGAUGGUCGAGGGACAGCAUCCCUAUUUUGAAUCAACGGAGGAGAAAGUGUGCAAGAUGGUGUUGGCAACUUGGGCAUUCCUUGCCCUACCCUGGCCUGUCUUUGGUAGAUUUGAACCCUGGCUCACUACUACCCUGUGUACUAGAGUGUUCCAGCCUGGUCAUCCUUCACAUCCAAUUUUAGUCUGGGGGUAUAGUGGAAACGCACCAAUCAUCGUUCGGAAAGGAUCAUGAAUCGUUGAUUGUGCUGCAGUGGGAAAGGAUCAAGGCAUUUAUGAAUU